CUUACUAGAUCAGUCUACACACAUCGCUGAUACUGGUGAUUUAAAAUCGGGAUAUUUUUAACAUAACAGUCAAAUAGUGGACAUGACUGCUUCAGAUAAUUUAAUAUCUGCGCCAAAUUCUGAGACAGAUAUAUUUUCAAGAAUUGAAGAAAUGUUCGAUACCGGAUGUGAUAAAAAUACUAAUGGAACUCUCAAGAAAACUCUCCAAUCGUCUAAAACAAUCGGAACAGACUUUUCUUACAAGCAUGAAAUAGUUUGGAAGAAUGCCAUUGGAUUUUUGAUCCUUCACAUUUUUGCUGUUUGGGGUAUUAUCGUUAUGUGUACUGGGGGCGUAGGAGUGCUAACACUUUUGUGGACAUUACUCAUUGGAUAUAUAAGUACCGAAGGAGUUACGAUUGGCGCACAUAGGCUUUACACACAUAAGUCUUUUAAAGCCAAGCCGUUGCUGCGAGCUAUCCUUAUUUUUGCCCAAACUAUUGCCGGACAAAAUUCGAUGUUCAUCUGGGUGCGAGACCACCGGCUUCACCACCGGUAUUCGGACACGGACGCCGACCCCCACAAUUCGAAGCGAGGAUUCUUCUUCUGCCAUAUCGGCUGGCUCAUGAGCAAGAAACACCCCUACGUUAUUGAGCUUGGCAGAAAGAUCGACAUGAGCGAUCUUGAAUCUGAUUGGAUGGUCAUGUACCAGAAAAAAUAUUACUACAUACUGUACUUACUGCUUGCUAUCUUCCUCCCCGUCUGGGUCCCCGUACACUAUUUUGGGGAGUCGUGGGGGAAUUCCUUCCUGGUGUGCUACUUCGCUCGGUACAUGAUACAAGUUAAUGGGACCUGGCUGGUCAACAGUGCUGCGCAUCUUUGGGGAACCAGGCCUUAUGACCAGGGUCUGCAACCUGUAGAGUCCUGGUUUGUCGCCUGCAUAAGCUUAGGUGAAGGCUGGCACAACUACCACCACGCCUUCCCGUGGGACUACAAAGCUGCAGAAUUGUCCUCCAAGUUCAACCAGUCCGCAAGAAUCAUUAAAUAUCUUGAAGAAAUCGGACUCGCUUACGACUUAAAAACUGCAUCGCCGGAAAUGGUGGCAAACCGAAUCAUUCGUACUGGCGACGGAACGCACAGCGAACUCGGUAACGACGAGGCCAAAGCUGCCGUGACAGCGCCAGGCAUUUUCCACCCCCUGAACCCCUUCUAUAACGUCACCUACGACCCGCCGAGCGGCGCGCUCAAACACGAGGGCCUACCGCUCUUCCACGAGAAGGAUGUAUUCAAUGUUAAUGGAAGUCUGAGAAACAGGAGUGCUAGGGCGUAAAAGAACAAUGUAUUUGUAAAUUUUGCACGUAUUAUAUAAUAGCUAGAUUAUUAACUGAUAUGAUGGAUGAUGACGAGCUAUCAGAGAAGAAUUAUUUUUAUAUGAAUGUACUGAAAAUGCAUAGUUAUUUUUAUGAAAAUAAUUAAAGCAUACCCAUAUUAUAGACAUUGCUUGACACUAUUGACAUGAAAAUACUAACAGCCCAUUAUACAUUACUAAUUAGCAUAUAAUUAGGUAGGUGUAUAUAAGUAGAUGAAUAGGUAUGUAAAAUAAACAAAAAAUCUGAAAUUA